AUCUCCAGAACCGCAAAACGUACUUGCAUUGCUAAUAAUUUGACGAUUCAGUCAAUAGUUUUCUGCAAUAUAGUGACUAAAUCUUACCCAGAUUCUAACUUCUUUGAGACUCUUUGUCGCUGCAAAAUCAAAAUGCGAGAAAUUGUUCAUAUUCAGACAGGUCAAUGCGGAAACCAAAUUGGUCAAAAGUUCUGGGAAACAAUUUCAGAGGAACACGGGAUCAACGGCGAUGGCGCGUACGAGGGCGACAACGACUUGCAACUGGACCGGAUAAAUGUAUACUAUAACAUUGGAGCCAGUGGUCAAAAGUACGUUCCUCGGGCUAUUUUGGUGGACUUGGAGCCGGGAACUAUGGACUCGUUGCGAGGAGGAAAACUGGGCAAACUUUUCCGACCGGACAACUAUGUUCACGCGCAGUCAGGAGCUGGGAACAACUGGGCAAAGGGUCACUACACUGAAGGUGCUGAGCUGGUGGACCAAGUGAUCGAUGUGAUUCAUCGGGAGGCGGAGAGUUGUGACUGCAUGCAGGGGUUCCAACUGACACACUCCUUGGGAGGAGGUACUGGGUCUGGCAUGGGGACUCUGCUGCUCGCUAAGAUGAAGGAGGAGUACCCUGACAGGAUGGUCAAUAGCUUCUCUGUUGUCCCUUCUGACAAGGUAUCGGACACUGUGGUGGAACCCUACAACGCGACUCUAUCCAUGCACCAGCUGCUGGAGAACACAGACGCCACCUACAUCAUAGACAACGAGUCCCUCUACAACAUCUGCAACACCACCCUCAAGAUCAAACAGCCCAACUACGGAGACCUCAACCGACUCGUCAGUUCGACCAUGAGUGGGGUCACUACGUGUCUCCGAUUCCCAGGUCAACUGAAUGCCGACCUGAGGAAGCUGGCAGUGAACAUGAUCCCCUUUCCACGGCUCCACUUCUUCAUGCCUGGAUACGCACCACUCAGUUCAAAGGAAACCGCUGGCUAUCGCGCCAGUUCAGUGAGCGACCUCACCGCCCAGUUGUUCGAUGCCAAGAACAUGAUGGUGUCCUGUGAUCCGAGGAGUGGCAAGUACCUCACGUGUGCUGUCGUGUUCAGAGGCAAGUGCUCGAUGCGAGAAGUGGACGAACAGAUGCUGGCCGUGCAGAACAAGUUCUCCAGCAACUUCGUCGAGUUCAUUCCCAAUAAUGUGAAGACGGCAGUUUGUGAUAUGCCGCCUAAGGGACUGAAUAUGUCGGCUACUUUCAUCGGCAACAGCACCGCGAUAAAAGAGAUGUUCACGCGUCUAGCUGAGAAGUUUGGCAAAAUGUACUCUCGCAAAGCCUUCCUUCAUUGGUACACAGGCGAAGGCAUGGACGACAUGGAGUUCAGUGAGGCUGAGAGUAAUCUGAGAGACUUGAUUAGUGAGUACCAGCAGUAUCAGGAGGCCACGGCAGAAGAUGACGAGGAACUGCUCCACCAGGGAGACGAAGGCGACGAAGAAUGCUGAUUUUUAUGAACAAAAAAUACCAAUCUUCGAUUUCAUUUUUGGACCAAAUUUUUACUGCAAAUGAGAAUGUGACCAUUUUCUUUGAAUGAUAACUGCGAUGAAAAUGUUAACAUUAACUUUUUUGGAAAUUAUUGAAUAAAAUAUUUAAUUAAUUUUAAGAAAAAAAAGUGUCGGAUACAAAUUAUAGACAGAGAACCAGGAAAAUCGAUAAUUUGCAAAUCUUGGUGGAUGAUCACUACAAGUUUUCAUGAUAUCAAUAGUUUUAUUUCGAAUAACGUACCUCAAUUAAAAUCCUUAUCAAAAAACUACGAAAGUAUCAACGUGAAUUGACUUUAGUACUUAGGCAGAAAAAACUCCAGCUACGCUUGAUUGAAAAUAACUUAGAGUUGCUGA